AUGACGAAAAUGCAGAAAAAAUACAAAAAAGGUGCGGCAGUUAAUUAUAUCAGUCGUAACCAAGCUUUGCGAAAAUUACAAUUAACUCUAGCUGAUUUUCGACGAUUAUGUAUUCUUAAAGGUAUUUAUCCAGUUGAACCAAAGAAUCGACGUAAAGCAAAUCGUGGUCGUCUAGCAAAUAAAACCUAUUAUUUGGCAAAAGAUAUACGUUUUUUAACACAUGAACCAAUCAUCGAUAAAUUUCGUCAUUUGAAAUCAUAUCUUCGGCGAUUAACAAAAGCAAAAGCACGUAAAGAAAAAACUAAAGAAGAAGCAUUACGUAACAAUCGUCCAUUCUAUAAACUUGAUCAUGUUGUACGAGAACGAUAUCCAUCAUUUGCUGAUGCUCUAAGAGAUUUAGAUGAUUGUUUGACACUUGUAUUUCUAUUUGCUAAUUUUCCAUUAUUGAAAAAACUUUAUGAACCACGUUUACGUUUAUGUCGUCGUUUAUCAGUUGAAUUUCUUCAUUAUGUUAUUACAAGUGGAUCAUUAAAAAAAUGUUUUAUAUCAGUUAAAGGUUAUUAUUUUCAAGUUGAAAUUCGAGGUGAAACAAUUACUUGGAUUAUUCCUCAUAAACUUGGACACAAAAAUCCAGCUGAUGUUGAUUUUAAAAUUAUGGCAACAUUUCUUGAAUUUUAUACUACUCUUCUUGGUUUUGUUAAUUUUAAAUUAUAUUCCGAUAUGGGUUUAAUUUAUCCACCUAAACUCACUUUUACACCUACAACAUCUUUAUCAACACUUUGUUCGGAAGAUGAAUUUUCUGAUGAGUUUCUUGCUUCACUUGGUUUACCAAUUAUGAAAAAACCAGAUGUCAAUCCAGUUGAUCAAAUUGAAGUUGAUCAAGAAGCUGCUCAGCUUUUAGGCAAUACAGAAGCCGAUGAAGAAAACCGUCGAAAAGAAGAAGAAACAAAAACUUUACAAAAACUAUUUUCCAAAUGUAAAUUUUUUAUCAGUCGAGAAGUUCCACGAGAAAUGUUUGCAUUUGCUAUUCGUGCCUGUGGUGGAAGUGUUUCAUGGGAUAAGACAAUGUGUCCUGGUGCAACUUAUGAUGUAUCUGAUCAAAGUAUUACACAUCAACUUAUCGAUCGACCAAAAUUAAAUGAUAUGGUUGUUAAUCGGAUUUACAUCCAACCACAAUGGGUAUUUGAUUCAAUUAAUGCACGAAAAUUAUUACCAGUGAAUAAUUACCUUCCAGGAAGUAUAUUACCACCACAUCUUUCACCAUUUGUUGAAGAAAAAGAAGGUGAUUAUGUGCCACCGGAAAGAUUUGGUCAACGUCAGUCAGAAAAUGAUACUGAAGAACAAACAACUAAUGAAGGUCCCUCUAUGGAUCUCGUUGAUAACAAUGCUUAUUUAAAUGGCAAUCUUAAACGAAAACGUACAGAAAAUGAAGAAACAACAAUAAAACCUACCUCAAAAGAGGAACGAAAACGAGCAAUGCGUGUUGAAUCCGGUCAAGUACAAAAUGUCAAUGUAUCCAAUAUUGUUAAACGUAAAGCAAAUGAAGAAAGACGCUUACGUGAAAUGACAAUACCGAAAAAGCAAAAACGUUUAUAUGAUAAAAUUAAAUUUUCACAAAAGAAGAAGCGACAAGAGGUUGAAAAAUUAAAACGUAAGCGAACGGAAUAUGAAAAGAAUGCAAAGCACGAUAUAACAAAUGAUAAGAAAAAACAAAUCAAAUUAUCAUGA